GUAACCACCCGGCCGAUAGCCUUCAAGUUCUAUUCCUAUUAACUAAUCUUCCUAACGGUUUUUCUUUUUAUUUAAUGCUUAUCUAUCCCACCCCUCUGGUAAAAGGCAGUUGAAAAGAGAGAGAGAGAGAAUAUCAUCUGUUCUCUGUUAUUUUCCGACCGUGGAAAUAAUCCCCAAACGCCAUUGCGUGCGUAUUAUAAUGAUAUCGAGGCCACGGCGCUUUCAACAAACUUCCUACACCAUCUCCAACAUUCCGCUCUCUCAGCGGAGUUCGCUCUCGUGCUCUCAAUAUGGCGGCAGCACACGAUAAGCCCGAACGCAUCAUCGACGAAAGUAUGAAACGAGACGAGAAGGGUGGUGAUGCCUCGAGCGGCGAAUACCGUGAGGCUCUGGUCGAGGCUACGUCCGAGAACCAACUUCUUCGUCAUUUGGGCAAUCGUCAGAUCCAAUUGAUUGCCAUCGGAGGUAGUAUCGGCACCGCGCUCUUCGUGAGCAUCGGUGGUGGUCUCGCCAAGGGCGGCCCCGGCAGUCUUUUUAUUGGAUAUGCUAUCUUUUCCGUCAUGGUUGGCAUGGUGAACAACUCUCUUGCUGAGAUGGUGACGUACAUGCCGGUUUCGGGUUCCUUCAUCCGCAUGGCUGGAAGAUGGGUCGACGAUGCUGCUGGGUUUACGGCUGGAUGGAACUUCUUUCUCUAUGAAGCCUGUCUUAUCCCCUUUGAGAUCUCCGCCAUUAAUCUGGUACUCGAAUUUUGGCGAGAUGACAUACCUCCGGCAGCCAUUUGUGUAGCUUGUAUUGUACUCUACGCGAUAAUCAAUGUCGCAGCCGUGAAAUAUUUCGGUGAGGCAGAGUUUUGGCUAUCCACUGGUAAAAUCUUGCUUAUAUGCAUAUUAUACACGUUUACGCUCGUUACCAUGUGCGGAGGAAACCCUCAGCAUGACGCUUAUGGUUUUCGGUAUUGGUCUAAUCCAGGAGCUUUCGCCGAGCACCUCCACGAAGGCGCAUUAGGCCGCUUUGGAGGCUUCCUAGGUGCUGUCUACUCCGCCGGUUUCACCGUAGUCGGACCCGAAUACCUCGCUAUGGUCGCCGGAGAGGCCGCCCGCCCACGAACUUAUCUCAAGAAUGGGUUUAAGACCGUGUAUUGGCGAUUCGCUGUUUUCUUCAUCGGAGGAGCGCUCUGCGUUGGUAUUGUUCUUCCGUAUAACGACAACACGCUACAGAAUGCCGAUACGGGAACUGCCGCGGGCUCGCCCUAUGUUAUCGCGAUGCAGAACAUGGGCAUUGGAAUUCUACCGCACAUUAUCAACGCCCUGAUGAUCACCAGUAUUUUUAGCGCAGGCAAUGCCUACACCUAUUGCGCGAUGCGAUCCUUGUACGGACUUGCGUGUGACGGUCAGGCCCCCCGUAUCUUUCAGAAGACCCUCAAGAACGGUAUUCCCGUCUAUGCCUUCGCGGCUGUCAUGGUUUUCCCGUUCUUGUCGUUCCUGCAAGUGUCAAACAACACGGCCCAAGUUGUGACAUGGCUCGCCACCCUCACGCAGGGAGCGCAGAUGAUCAACUACAUCAUGAUGAGCCUGACGUACAUAUUCUUCCAUCGAGCCUGUAAGGCACAAGGCCUCGAUCGUAAGACGCUACCAUACUACGGCUACUUCCAACCAUACUGCGGAUACAUCGCUCUGAUAUGGAUGGUGUUCGUGGAGGCCACGUUCGGCUACACGGUGUUCGUGCCCGGCGGCUUCAACAUCGCCGACUUCUUCUCGUACUACAGCAUGGCCAUCGUCGCCUUCUGCACGUACUUCGGCUGGAAGAUCUACCGACGCACCAGCUUCGUUGCUCCUGAAAAGGCCGAUCUGAUCUGGGACAAGGCCCAGAUCGACGCGUACGAGGCCACCUACACCGAGGUCCCCACCCGCUUCCGCGACGAGCUUAGGGAUAUCUUCAUGAAGCGCCGCAAGAGGGAAAACUACAUGGGCGAGGAUCCGAACUAGAGCGCCACCCUCGCUUGACGAGUUUUGCGCUCGGGGUUUUCUUCUCGGAAUUCUAACCGGGAACGGUCGGUUAUCUAGCGGGAAAACCGAGCUGGGAUCCUUUUUUCUUAUUUAGGUUUUGGUACAUUGCAAAUGGAGGGCAACAAUCUUGUCUAUAUGUUGCCUGGCCGGUGAUAUGACAGGCAGUAUGUAUGUACGUUUGGGUACUUUUUGAUUUGUUGGAGAAAAAGUCUUGAUUACUACAGCAACAUACAGGUUAGGUGAGGCAGGUAGGUAACCUGUUCUACGUUAACACCACGUGUACAUGGUUCGGUGAUAGUUAUAUGUAACUAUGUACUAAAAAAUUAUAAAAAUAGGUACUCAAAAACUCAAGUACCUAGGUA